AAUGGAAUUUUCACAAUCGUUCGAAUUUGGCAAUAGCACUUUUAUGAAACUGGAAAGCCAGGCAAAACAUGCCCUCGAAGGUGAUCAAGAGAAUCGCGCUCCAAACGGAGGAGUUUUGGAUGUCAUUGAUGAAUCCCCAAAAUCGAACAACAAAACGUCACUAUUUUCGUCCUCCAAGUCAAUACGCACCCGUAAUGCUACACAACGUACCAAUACAAGAACGGCUGAUUCUACAUAUCAUCGGAAAUUUAGGCGUAGUAAAUCCGAUUCAACAUUGCCCAAAGCACCAAAAGAAGAAAGUUGCACAAAUUAUUCGGAAUUUUUCCGCAGUGAUUUUUCCAUUCCGAACGAUAUUUCUAAAGCUAAACAAACAGGCGGAGAUGAUAAUGAAUCGUUUUUAAGAGUUUCACAAAUCGAGGCUGCCUUUAAUUGUAUUGAUCCCGUAAAGGAGAAUGGCAAUGGAAAACUCAACUCGUCGAAGGAUAGUCAAGAAUCCUUUAAAUUUGAGGAAGGCGAUAUUGGUGGAGUGGAUAAAAGUAAUGAAAAUUUACAAAAUAGAUCGAAAGAUUCAAUUGAUUUUGAGCAGAGCAUGAACUACACAAAUAACGCUGGAGAUGAGGAUAUCGAUGAAAACAGUGAGUCGUUGGAAAAACCUAUAUUCUCCGAGGACCUCAAAGACCUAUUAGAUACAGAAGAUGCCAACGAAGAUGUUGACAUGUGGAAAGAUUCUCUACCAUUAUCUGCAAUACCUGAUAAUAAUGAAAAUGGCCAGGAUUCACCUGAAGUUAUGCAUGAAAUCAGCAGUUUUCUUAGUCAUCCCAAAGAGGCCGAAGAAAACAAUGAACAGAGAAAGCAAACUCUUAGCAAAGAAUUAAGAACAAGUCAUAAAAUAUUUAAAGAAUCUCAAAAAUCAGUUGUGGCUGAAAACGAUAUUAGUCUAAGUCAUAUGUCACCCGAUCAAUUGAAAUUUACCCAGAAUUCUCCAACAGUAAGUCCAAAUAUAAAAAUCCAAACACCUGUCAGAACUAAACCUAUGGAUAAAAGUAAGAAAUAUGAAUCGUCUACAAAGACCGAAGAAACUAAGGAAAAAAUGACAAUAUCAAAUAAUUUGGAUGCUCUGAAAUCCAUAUCGGCUUGGAAUUUGCCAUUAAGUGUUCUACGUGAAUAUGAACGUAAAGGUGUUAAACAAAUGUUCGACUGGCAAGUUCAGUGCCUUUGUAAUCCUAAGAUACUUUUCGAACAUUGCAAUUUGGUAUACUCUGCGCCCACUUCGGCUGGCAAGACACUGGUUAGUGAAAUUCUUCUGCUUAAAACUGUGUUGGAACGUGGUAAAAAGGUAUUGCUAAUAUUACCAUUCAUAUCUGUGGUACGAGAAAAAAUGUUCUAUCUACAAGAUCUGUUAACAGCAGCCGGAUAUCGUGUAGAGGGGUUUUUCGGUGGUUAUACCCCACCUGGUGGAUUUGAUAGUAUAAAUGUUGCCAUUUGUACUAUCGAAAAAGCCAAUUCAAUUGUAAAUAAAUUAUUGGAACAAGGCAAAUUGGAUGAAAUCGGUACUGUGGUAGUCGAUGAAGUUCAUUUAAUAUCUGACCCCGGUAGAGGUUAUAUACUUGAAUUGCUUUUGGCCAAAAUACUUUAUAUGUCACAAAAAUACGCAUUGCAAAUACAAGUUAUUACCAUGUCUGCAACAUUGGCCAAUGUACAAUUGCUACAAAAAUGGUUAAAUGCUGAAUUAUUUAUUACCGAUUUUCGUCCGGUUGCUUUAAAUGAAAUGAUAAAAGUCGGUAAUAAAAUCUAUGAUAACAAUUUGAAAGUUAUACGUUCUAUAACUGAACCAUCAGUGGAUAUUCGUGAACCAUUUCCUACGAUACCAAAUGAUUCAGAUCAUGUGGCUCAAUUGUGUUUGGAAACUCUAAUAGAAGGAUGUUCGGUUAUUGUGUUUUGCCCUUCGAAAGAUUGGUGUGAAAAUUUGGCUAUACAAUUGGCCGGUAACAUACAUGCCAUCGGUAAGCAGGGUGGUGAAUGGGGUAUAAAAUUAAAAGCUCAACUCAAUCGGGAAGCUAUUGAUGAUGUUAAGCAACAGCUGAAGGAUAUUCCAACUGGUUUGGAUACGGUCUUGGAAAAAACUGUCACCUAUGGCUGUGCCUUUCAUCAUGCUGGCCUAACCACGGAAGAAAGGGAUAUAGUUGAGGCAAGUUUUAAAUCUGGAGCUCUGAAAAUAAUUGUGGCUACUAGCACUCUAAGUUCGGGUGUCAAUUUACCAGCUCGUCGUGUUUUGAUACGUUCUCCUUUGUUUGGAGGCAAACAAAUGAGUUCACUUACAUAUCGUCAAAUGAUUGGUAGAGCUGGUAGAACUGGAAAGGAUACUUUGGGCGAAUCUAUUCUCAUAUGUACAGAGAGCAAUGCUCGAGUCGGAAAAGAACUGGUUAUGGCAGAUUUAAAACCCAUCUAUUCAUGUUUGGAAAUGGACAGCAAUACCCAUUUAAAACGAGCCCUAUUAGAGGUUAUAUCUUCUGGUGUGGCUACAACAAAAGAGGACUUAGAUAACUUUGUCAAAUGCACUCUCCUCAGUGCUCAAAAACAAUUGGCGAAUGACCAAAAGGAAGGAACCGAUAGAGAUUUACAAGAUGAAUGCAUAAGCGAAGCUUUGGAUUUUCUAAUUGAAUAUGAAUUUGUGCGUUUGCAAAACAACGAAGAAACCAAUGAACAGUGUUAUGUGGCCACUAGAUUAGGAAUGGCUUGUUUGGCUUCCUCUAUGCCACCCACUGAUGGUUUAAUAUUAUUUGCUGAGCUACAAAAAUCUCGACGUUGUUUUGUAUUGGAAUCGGAACUGCAUGCCGUCUAUUUGGUAACACCAUAUUCGGUGUGCUAUCAAUUGCAGGAUUUAGAUUGGCUAUUCUUUUUGGAUUUAUUUGAAAAACUUACACCCGCCAUGAAAAAGGUUGGCGAAUUGGUGGGUAUUAAGGAGUCGUUUUUGGUCAGAGCCAUGAGAGGUCAAUCAAAAUUGGAUUAUAAACUGAUACAGAUACAUAAAAGAUUUUACACAGCCUUGGCCUUGCAAGAAUUGGUAAACGAAGUCCCCAUAAAUACUGUGGCCUCGAAAUAUAAAUGUUCUCGAGGCAUGUUACAAAGUCUACAGCAAAUGGCUUCCACAUUUGCUGGAAUUGUUACGUCGUUUUGUAACUCUCUACAAUGGGACACCUUGAGUUUAAUUGUAUCACAAUUUAAGGAACGUUUGUAUUUCGGUGUCCAUCGCGAUCUUAUUGAUUUAAUGCGUAUUCCCGAUUUAAAUCAUAAAAGAGCUCGAGCAUUAUUUGAUGCGGGUAUUACCUCCUUGGUGGAUUUGGCUAAUGCUGAUGUUUUGAGUGUGGAAAAGAUUUUAUAUAAUGCUUUAAGUUUUGAUUCCGCCAAACAACAUGAUAAUGAAAAUGCCAUAGAGGCUGCUCAACGGAAUGAGGCACGUAAUUUUUAUAUAACCGGUAAAGCUGGUAUAACAGUGGCCGAAGCAUCUAAAAUGCUGGUGCAAGAAGCACGUAGAUUUGUCCAAUAUGAAAUUGGUGUGGGGAACAUAAAUUGGUCGCAACAAAAUGAGAAAUUGGAUGAGAAUGGGGAAACCCAAAAUGGGGAAGAAUUGCAUAUGUCUUGCGAGGAGAAUAAAUUCAAUGGAAUGGAAAAUAAAAAAAUAGAUAUGAAGAAUGUGGAAGUCGGAAAUAAAAAUAAUGAAAAUUGCAAUAAAGAAAAUGGUAAUAAAGUUCAGAGAAAAUCCGAGGAGGCUACCAACGACCAACCAUCUAAACGUUCGGAAAUUAAAUCAUAUCCGGAAAAAUUAAGUAAAGAAAGAGAACGCUCGAAAUCUUCACACCAAGAAAAUGGUGCAAGAAAUUCUGAUACUCGAAGUUCUAGGAACAAUGAAAAUAAUACGCUUCAAAUAAAAGAAAAAUCAAAUACCAACUCUAAGCAUGGACAUGAAAUGGAAUCUAUAAAACCUUUGUCGGAAGAUAAAAACACAUUUGAAAGGGUCACUGCAGAAAAUUUCGAAGCCAAGGAUUUAAUAUCAAAAUCAAAUGGUCCCUAUUCUGGUGGUAAGAAAUGGAAUGAAGCGGCGAACAAUUUAAAAUCUGCGGAUAAAAUCUCUUCUGGUAUAACAAAAUCGAAUAUUGAACCUAAAAACCGCAGCUCAUCUGAACAACUAACUGAAAAUAAUAAAAAUAUGGAUUCUCCAAAAUUAAGAAAGAGCAAUGAAGCCAAACCUAAUGAUUUUAAAUCAAAAGAUGCGAAAGUGAUCCAGACGCCAAAUCAAAUCUUCUCCGCAAAUUUAUCUACACCAAAAACCACUGUGGAACCCCUAAAACCCAAGGAGAAACGAAAAUCAUCCGAACCACUACCACUGGAUAACAACGAUGUUACUCCACCGAAAUUAAGAAAGAGUGAUGAGAACAAUAAAGCAAUUGCCUUAGAUGAUGGUGAAAAACCAAGUACCAGCAAAAAAGCUCAACGAUUAUUAAGGGCAAAACAAUUAUCGGAAAUGAAGAAACAGGAAUGGGCAAAGAAACGAGAGGAAGAAGACCAGGGUAAACAAAAUCCCGCUAAAGAAAAUGUUUCUACAAAGCAACAGGAGACAAAUAAAGCGUCAAAAGUUAUAGAAAACCCCAUGGAAAAUGGUGUGGGAAUCUCGAACAAAAUGUCCGAAAAUAAGGCGGAAAAGAAAGACCAAGUUUCCCAAAAUCCAAUCUCAGAAAAUAAUGUCGAAAAAAGAGGUAAUAUUCCCCAAAAAUCCAUCUCAAACGGAAUUGACAACAAAAAGGAAUCCACACCCAACAUAAUAACAACCAAUGGAGAUGUUUUUAAAACUCCCAAUACAAAUACCCCCCGAUCUUCACAUGAACGUCCACAAAAUAACAAUUCAGGAAAUUCGAAUAAAGUACUUCGAAGAAGUCCCCGUAAUAAACUCAUUAGUUCCACAAGAAUUGAUUAUCAAACAACGUCCUCGAAAAUUGCUACACCACCACAACCUACAGCUAAAAAACCUAUCAAACCAUUAGUUAAAAGUCCUGGUGAAUUAUUUAACGAUGACAACGAUGAUGAAGAAUCAUUUGUAUUCAACACGGGAGUUAAUGAAGCCAUUAAAAAGGUGGAAAAUAAUCACGGCGAAGAAAAAAAUAUUUUAAAUCAAUCGCAAGAGGAUGAAAUACCCAGUUCACAGCAACUUUGUGAAGAUGUCAAUACAAAUAAAACACAUUCACCACAUGCCUCAAGAUUCCUAAGAUCAUUGAGGGCAACACAACGCGGUCAGAGUCCCAUGACAAAGGGGCGUAGAAUUACACCCGAACCUCCCGCACGAGAAGUUGACAAAAAGAAAGCAGAACCCACGAGGAUAACAACAGAAAAUAAAACCGAAUCUCCUCCGGUGGCGGCAAAUGGUGAACCCAGCUCUUCUUCAAGUAAUAUCGAAUUAUCUGAUUUCUCUAUGGAAAAUUCUCUUAUGAAAAAUCCCAUGCAUUUGAAUGCAUCACACAUUUUAAGCUGCUCCAAAGUUGAACCAGAUUGUUCUUCAUUUAAAUCCAUUGAUAUCAUAGAUAUAUGUGGUGAUCAACAACUUUUCAAGGGAGCUUUUAAGGAAUUUAUGAAUGCGAAACGUUUGGGAUUUUGUUUGGGUAUACAACAGCAAGUGGCUAAACGUAAACCGAUAAUAGGAGCAAAUCUAUUACUUAAUCAAGCUGCAGCCGCCGAUAGAGAUAAUGAAGCUCGUAUACAGAAUAUUGAUUUUCAAAUUGAUGAUACAAAUUAUCUAGCUGGUAUUGGAUUUUGUAUAUCGGAAAAUUUGGUAUACUACAUGAAUAUGCAAACGGAGGGCACAUGUAAAGGUCUAACUCCCGAAGUAAAAUGUAAAUAUCUACGUAUGCUACUACGUUCCCAAGAGCAUUGUCUGAUAGUUUACGAUGCCAAAGAACAAUUUAAAAUUGUACGUAAACUUAUAAAAGAUUUGGGUGAGAUUGCCACCGGAUUGGAAGAUCCCAAGGUGGCGAAUUGGUUAUUGCAACCAGAUAAAAUGCAUAAUUUACAUAGUUUGGCCCAACAAUUUGCACCGGAAUGUUCAGCAUUGGUAAAUUUAUGUGGCAGUGGUAGAGGUUAUAACAGCUAUGGCUUGGAUUCGGAUAGUGCUAUAUUAGCUAAGGUUAGGUGUUCCAUUGAGAGUUGUGUAACAAUACAUAUUAUCAAAGGACAAAUUGAGAAUUUGGAACGUAUUGGUACCGGGCAGUUGCAUAAAUUCUUUAAAGAACUUGAAAUGCCUUUGCAAAUCUCAUUUUGCAAUAUGGAAGAUGUUGGCUUUCCAACAAGUUCGGAGGCAUUACAUAAAUUAUUUCAACAAAUGGUCGAUGCCAUGAAGAGACUGGAAGCUAAAAUCUAUGAAUUACAUGGAUCGAAAUUUAAUUUGGGAUCCUCGUCCGCAGUGGCAAGGGUCCUGGGUUUACAUCGCAAAACUAAUGGCCGUGUUAGUACAUCGAAACAAAUAUUGGAGAAAAUCGAUACACCUAUUUCACAAAUGAUAAUCACAUAUCGUAAAAUAAGUGUUACAUUAACCAAAAACAUACAGCCAUUAUUGAAAUGUGUUCAAGAUGAAAGAAUCCACGGCCAGAGUAUAACAUAUACCUCAACGGGACGUAUAUCGAUGACAGAACCAAAUUUACAAAAUGUUGCCAAAGAUUUUGAUGUGGAAAUAGGGUCGGAUAAAUUCACCAUUUCUUGUCGCAGCGCCUUCUAUCCGCGCGAUUCAAAACGAUGCCUUAUCUCAUCGGAUUUUUGUCAAUUAGAAAUGCGUAUAUUAGCACAUUUAUCACAAGAUGCUGCCUUAAUGCAAGUUAUGAAAUCCGAUAGAGAUGUAUUUGUAGCGAUAGCUGCACGUUGGAAUAAAAUUCCGGAACAAAAUGUUAGCGAGCAGAUACGUAAUGGUACAAAACAAAUUUGUUAUGGCAUUGUUUAUGGUAUGGGUAUGCGUGCUUUGGCGGAGGGUCUUAAAUGUACCGAACAGGAAGCCAACUUUGUUUCGGAACAAUUUCAUGCAGCCUAUCCGGGAAUAAGGACUUAUAUCGAUAAGGUUGUGAAAUUUGCGAGAAAUAAUGGUUAUAUUGAAACAAUAACUGGUAGACGUAGAUAUUUGGAGCACAUCAAUAGUGGAGAAGCAUCUAUGAAAAAUCAAGCUGAAAGACAAGCAGUUAAUUCCACGAUACAAGGCUCUGCAGCAGACAUUGCCAAAAGUGCAAUUUUACGAAUGGAGAAAAAUAUUACAAAAUAUCGCACCAAAUUAGGUAUUGAACCGGAUUCAGUACGUUUAGUAUUACAUUUGCACGAUGAAUUGAUAUUUGAAGUACCCGAAGAUAAAGCCAAGAAAAUAGCCAAAGUUUUAAGUAUAACCAUGGAGAAUUGUGUGAAAUUAAAUGUACCACUUAAGGUUAAGUUAAAAAUUGGUAAAAGUUGGGGUGAUUUAAAAGAGGUAAAAUUAUAAUGAUU